UUUUUUAUCGGCACAAGCAGACGUGAAUGCUACACGGUUGUCAUGGCGACGACAACAACAAUAACACCCCUCAGUAGUAGGGCUCAUGCGGAGCCAGUCCGUCGUCUUGCUCCAAAAAUGUCGAAAAUGUCCGCUAUGAACAGAAAAGUGAUACAAACUCUCGCUGAAACGAUCUCCAAACAAGUGGAGCACUUCAAUAAAACGGAAGCUGAGUGCCUUAUCCGAGAGUUUAACCUGCUGCUGGGGGAGCCUACCAACACUGGGAGAACAGUCCAGGGCCUGGACAGAGCGAGGUUCAGGAGCAUUCUGCACCAUACCUUCGACCUGACCGAUGACAUAAUAAUGGACGGAGCCUUCAGGGCAUUUGACAAAGACAAUGAUGGCAUUCUCAGUUUAAAAGAGUGGAUCGAGGGAUUGUCUGUUCUUCUUCGGGGAACCUUGACGGAAAAAAUAAAAUACUGCUUUUACGUGUAUGACUUGAAUGGUGACAGCUUUAUCACCAGAGAGGAGAUGUUUCACUUGCUGAAAAACAGCCUUGUCAUACAGCCAACUGAAGAGGACCCCGACGAAGGAGUGAAAGACCUGGUGGAGAUCACACUUAAGAAGAUGGACCAUGAUCAUGAUGGCAAACUGUCUUUUGAAGACUUUGAGAAGGCAGUGAGAGAGGAGAACCUAUUGCUUGAGGCAUUUGGAACCUGUCUUCCUGACUCCACGAGUAUUGAGGCAUUUGAGCAAUAUGUAUUUCAAGAACAGCUGGAACAAUAAAGAAAGAAACCAUAUUCAUGUA